UUUUGUAUCCUCUAACUAAAGUUAAUAGAUAUCAAAUUAUCUACAGAUAACAAAUAUCCAAUCACUAAAAUGAGAUAAGUUUUAGUAGUUAGAAGUCAUCUUGAAAAUUUAAUACAAAUUCUAUCUUGUACGCAAAUAGUAUAUGUAUAUUUAUUUAUUACUUUUACAUCAUUUACAUUUUAAUUAUUCUACGAUAAAUUUUCAUAUUUAUAAUAUCGUAAGUUACACCAUUUUGUCGUUUAUAUAUGUAGUUUAUAUUUUAAAUUACACUUGUAUCUUGAAUACACGUAAAGACUAUGAUAUUCUCAAUGACGAUAUCAAAUAGUAUUAAAUUAAAAAUUUGAAGUUAUCAAUGGUAAAGGUAUGGUAAAGUGAUCACGUGAUUUCCUUACCGUGGCAAAGAUUUGUGACGGCACACGAGAAAAGUUUUUUAUUCUUCACAGUUUAUUAUACAGCCAACAAUUAGAAUACUUUUGUUCUAACUAGAGCAUGAACUGAAAGUUCAUUCGACGUUUUUAGUGCAUUUUUAAACAGAAAAGGGAAAAACUUUAUACGAUAUGUCAUUUGCUGUGCAUGUGUAUACACCUGUCAGUUUCGAAUCAGUGUCAGAAGUUUCUCUUGCGAUAUCGCACAAUAUCGUUAUGUUAAAUAUUUAUCGAUAAAACUGUAUCCCUUUACGUAAAUGUUUAUUAGUGUUUGUUUAUAUAAAGCGUAAUUGUUGUUCUUCGAUCUCAACGGAACGAAUGUAACGAGAGAUAUUUAUGACUACAAAAACUCCAUAUAUUUCUGCAUUAUGACUAGUAAAUUUGAUUAAAAAAGGUGAUUAUUGAAUUUAUUCUCGUUCAUAACUCGUGAUAAAACACAAUACACGAGGUGAUUGUCAUUUACAACUAUUUUACAACCACAACGAGUUUUUAUGUUGUGAUAAUUAUGCUAAAACUUAGCAAAUGUGAUGUGCAGUUGUUUUAUUAUAUCGUUGGUACAGUUAAUAAAAAUGACCACGGUGUACACUUAUAGCGUCAAAAAAUGAUGAGAAAAGAUGCAUAAAUACAGGUUUACGAAUAUUAUAUGCGAGCAAGUGAUCCGCAAUUGGUUUGUCUUCGCUAAAGAAGUAUUUAAUGCGUUAACAAGGUUAGGAAAAGGACACCAAUCAUGAAGAGUCCUGUAUCUCAACAGUUAAACGGAAAUAAUAAUUCUGUUUCAUCGCAGAAUGUAUCUCCUUGCAUUGUAUCUCGUUAUGGAAAUAUGACUAAUAAUUAUCAGGUGCUAAAAGUAUCCGGACGAGAUUCUAAUUGUUACAUUGCAAACAAUAUUGUACCGAAAAUUGGCAAACAACAGUUAGUGUCGUUGAAUGGAGAUUCGAUAUCCUGUAAUAGUGUGAAUAUUAAUGAGGCUUUGGCAUGCGAUGUGGCUUCUAUGCCUGCUGUAAAAACCAAGGCAUUAUGCGUCCAUAUAAGAGAGAAUAAAUGGUAUGAUGCUGGAAAUAUAGUUUCCGUAGGAGUUGCUGGAACUAGUUUAAAUCAUGCAUUGGAGAGUAUGUCUAUAGCUUAUAAUCCUACUACAAAGCAACUGUAUUCUUUGGAAGAAAUAAAUGUGUCUACUGAUACACAACUUGAUUGUAAAUCUCAAUAUCUGAAUUCUCCUUGCGAUCAUAAAGAAGAAUCCAUAAAUGAGAUUCCUAAAAUCGAAGAGGACAAAUAUAUCAGAUUAGAAAGUGGUAGUGCAAGCAGUAGUCCAAGAAACAGUUUACCACGCUCUUGCAGCAGUACUGUGUCUUCUCUCAGCGAAGUUUCUCCAAAUGGAAGUUUUUUAAGUUCCGAUGAACAAGUUGCAGAAAAAGCCGAGAAGUCCAAGCGUUGGGGAUUGAAUACAAUUUUUUCAAAAAAUGUAUUUUUAUGGAGGAAUAAAGAUUCUCAACAAUCUACACCUACAAGCAGUCCAUCGAGAAAUGUAGAUAAGGUAGGAGGGAGUUUAGCUUUAAUUCAACAACCAAGACCGGCGAAUCUACCAGCAAAGAAUGCAAUAGAAGAGGAACGACAUCGCAAACAAUAUAAUGCUAUUCUGGAAGCAGCGAGAAAGCGAGAAUUACGAGAAGAGAAAGAACGUAAACAGCAAAGAGAACUGCAACUCAAAGAAGAAGAAAGAUUAGCAGAAGAUUCUCAUACUUGGAAUGAACAUGUUCUUCCUAAAUUUGAAAACAUUAAAAAUACAAAAAAAGUACGUGAGUUAUGGUGGCGUGGUCUUCCACCCAGUAUUCGUGGCAAAGUGUGGAAAUUAGCAAUUCCAAAUAAUUUAAAUAUAACAACACAUCUUUACAAUAUAUGUUUGGACAAAGCAUUGUCAUGCCCUGUAAGCGACACAUUAGCAGCAAUCAAAUUAGAUGUAUCUCGUACCUUUCCUACCUUAUGUGUCUUUCAAGAAGGUGGACCACUAUCCAAUAGUCUUCAAGGUAUAUUGGCAGCCUAUGCAGUUUAUAGGCCUGAUGUAGGUUACGUACAAGGUAUGAGUUUUGUAGGUGCAAUAUUAUCAUUGAACAUGGAACCUCCAGAUGCCUUUAUUUGCUUUGCCAAUUUAUUAAAUCAUCCUUGUCACAGGGCUGCUUUUACAUUAGACCAAAAACAAAUGGAUAGUUACUACAGAGUAUAUUCUAAUGCACUUGCACAUAAGCUGCCAAAAGUCUUUUUCCAUUUUACAGUAGCUGGUCUUAGUCCAGAUUUAUAUUUAUUAGAUUGGUUGUAUACUAUAUAUGCCAAAGCAAUGCCUCUGGAUGUUGCAUGUAGAAUCUGGGAUGUUUUUCUCAGAGAUGGAGAUGAGUUCCUUUUUAGAACAGCACUUGGUGUGUUACACUUAUAUCAAGAAGAACUAUUAAAAAUGGAUUUUGUACAUGGAGCACAAUUUCUUACUAGGUUGCCAGAAAACUUGCAGGCAGAAGCUUUAUUCAACAGUAUUAGUCAAAUGUCUACUACUGUCGGAACGACAACGUUCCAACAAAUGUUAGUUCAAUUUUCUUAAUUGUAAUUUUGUGAAUUAUAAUGAAGAAUCUAGAAAGAUAGUCAGAUUUAAAAGUAUGAAUCUCAAAUAAUAUUUUUGUUACUGUAAUCAAUAAAAAAUAUUUUCUAUGCUGGAAACUUAAAUAUCAUUUGUAUAGGUUUCAAAAAACGAAAUAUUGAAUGAAUUUUAUAAUUCUACAGCAUCAUUCAUUAUAUUCUCUCUAAUUACUGCAAAUCAACAGUGAAAGUCUUUCCUAAUGAAAAUUUGCUAGCAACUAAUAUUAUUAAGUUUUAGUGUCUCACUUAAUUAAAUUUUCAAAAUUUAUACCUUCUAUUACAUUGUAUAAUAUCUGAAAUUACAAUGCUGAAAGAUGUGAUAUCUGUUUAGUACAUUUAAGAUAUAUAAAGGCAAGAGCUUCCCACAAAACUACACAAGUAUAUUUCAACAAGUUGAUCGUAUAAUAAAUGAGACAUGCAAUGAUAUUCUGCUAUUGAAUGAGAAAGACUAAAAGUAACAUUUUGAAGUAUAAAAUUUGACAUAAAUUUGAUAUACGUAUGUAUGUAUAUGCACGCGCGCGCACACAGAAACAUCCACACUAAUAUAAUUUUCAACUAAAGGCACUAGAAUGUAUGUCUAAUUUUUAAUUUAAGUAUAUUCAUGAUAUUAACAAAAAAAGACAUAAUUAUUGAUUUAAUUUAAAAUUUCUAUUUAUUAGACUAUUUUUAUCAUUACUUAUGAUCUGUUGGUAAAGAAAUAUUUUUAUCUUGGAGUUAUAUUAUUUUAAAAAUAUGAUCUGUUUUACUCACAAUCAGCUUAAUAGGCAUUAUCACUUUUAUUUGUAGGAAACUGUGGAAACAGUUGAGAUCUCAAAGAUAAUGCCUUUUUUAUUAUUGAUGAAUAUAAAAUUGACAUGUAUUUUAAUUUUUUUUUCUUUGUAAUUUUAUUUCUUUGUUUGCUGAGUGCUCACUCACUAAAAGGAGGUACUCUCCUUAUGAAGUUAAAUUAAAAUGUUUGUAUGUCAUCUAUAGCUUACAUUUGAUAUACAUGUAUAAUAAUACGUGUAUAAGAGUAUAUUAUAGUCUACAUUAUUUCAUUGUAACUUUAAUAUACUUUAAAAUAUCUUCAAUAGAUUAAUUGGACUUUUGAUGAAGUAUGAAAUAUUUGUAAAGAAUACUCAUGCAUAUGCUCAGAUAUAUCAUUUGUCAUAUCCAGAUUAAAUGUAAUAUGCAUAAUGUAAUGCCACUACCAACCAGGAAAAUUCUGUAUAAAAAAAAAUGGAACACACACUUAUAGUGAGUGUAUUUACCAGUGGCAAACACGUUAAUGAAUAUAAUGCAGGUAGUAAAAUGAUGUGCCACAAUGUGUGUCUCUCGGAUGGAUAACGAUGUAUUUAAACUGAUGUCUGCUUUAAGAAGUAGAGGUAUCUAGUGCAAAUAUAAUUUGGAAAAGAGAUCGCUAAUUAAUUUACUCUCAAUUUUUUUUUAUACGGUAGAUACGUUUUAAAUUAUGUUCCGUGAUUAAUCGGAAUCGUAUAAAAAGAGAAUUGAGCGUACAUUAUUUAAUGUGUAAUGUUAUCAAAUACAUUUACCAAGCUUUAAUGGUAUUCGACAUAAAACAUUUAUGAUAUGCCGAAAUGAAAAAGAUUCAACUUUCCUAUACUUUUGUAUUAAUAAUAAAAUAAACUAAGAACAACUAAAAAGUAAGAUCAAUUUCGAAUAAUAAAAGUUAUGUAAUGCAUUAAGGAAUCUCUUUAAAUAUCGUAUCCAAAUAACAUAAAAUGAUAUCAAGACUCACUCUGCCUAUAUGCUACACUUUAAAACUUCGGUUGCAAAGUUAAAUAGUAUAAUGAUAGAUAUUUCGUCUAUCAUAUCAUUCUCAAUUGUUCAUGUCAUUUGCAUUAAUCGCUUUUCGAUCAUGAAUAUGAAAAUAAAUAUUAAUGAUAUAUCUCACUAUACUCACCGAAAGUAGAGUAAAUAACAUUUCACAAUGUUGAUCCAAGUAAUUUUUAAUAGCUUCAAAUCUUUUCACUCGUUACUUGGUACUAAUAUGAUAUUAUACUGCAUUGUAUUUAUUAAAAUUUCGAUCUGAAAACAUUCAGUUAUAUGUGUGCAAAAUCUCAAGAUCCUAUCUUUUCAGUGGCCUUUAUAAUAAAAAUAGAAUAUAUUCCACAUUUAAGAAUUUACAAUCUCUCUAAUUAUCGUGCUUUACUCCAAAUAGAUUACAAAUGCAUAUUUUGUUAUAAUUUAGUUAUCGUAAGUUUAUCGUAUAUGCUUGUUACAUAGUGUUUUAUUUAGCAAGUAUCGUUAAACAAACAAUUUUUAUUUUUAGUAAUUUUUGUUUUUGAAACUUUCACGAUGUUAUAAUAGUAUAUUUACGAGUAUAUUGUAAGUACAAUAUAUGCAAUCCUAGUAUUAAACGAAUUUUCCAAUAUGAGUGUAUAGGUACUUCAGGAUAUAAACACAUCGCAAUAACUUUUCCUAUAGCAUGGCUUGUUGAUUCAGAUCUUAUAAGCUAUGCACAGUGAUUAUCUAAAAAUAUACAAGUACGUCUAAAUAAAUAUCUUGCGAAGCAUAAGCAAGGCAAUAAGUAUUGAAAAUGUUGUAAAGAUUAUACAAUCUGUACAGGAUUGUGUUUUUGUUUGUUUUGGAGCAGAACAUGGAAGUGAACAAUUAUAAGAGAAGAUUCUAAGCAUAUGUAAUUAAAUGUAACGUUGCGCACAUAUGACUACUAUAUUUUACGAUUAACGUGCAUUCAAACUACAUUUACGAUGUACAUCAUUUAAAUGCUUCACUUUAAAAAGAAUAGUGGAAACAUAAACACGUACCCGGAACCUCGUGGUAAUCCGUGAUAUCCUAAUUUUUAAUCGACAAUAUUCUCAUUCCAUCCACUAUUCGGACUAAUUAAUUAAUCGACUACUUAAUAAAAUUUAGUAGGUAUCUACCAUUAAUAGAUGCCAUUGUAAAUAUGCUGAUGAUUAUCAGUGCGAAUACGUAAACGUAAUAAUAUUGAUUUCUUAAUUAUCAUGAAUUGUUUAUCUUAUAUAAAUAAGGAAAUACGACUUACGAAUCUCAAACACGAAGAUCGUUUAAUUAAUUUCUUUUAAAAGAUUCAAGUUCAUUUUACGUGGUUAUCGCGUAAGUUUUCUAUUACUAACCCUUUGACUGUGGGCCUAUUUUUGCUGGAAAUUGUAAGGGGAGGUAACACUAGAACAGUCGAAUUUUUAAAAUAUAUCACUUUACAGAGGACGAUAAGACGAAACUUUUUUAUAUUUAUAGUUUAUUCAUACGACGUUUAGUUUGAAAAAUAAAAAUUAAAAAUUUAGAAGUCAUUUUUCCUGAAAUUCAAUUACAUUGGCAACGGGGAAAAUGAAAAUUAUCGUUAGCCGACAAUUAUUCAUUUAUAAUUAAAUAUUCAUAAACAGUAACGGAUGGUCGAAUGAAUUAAUUGUAAAUAUAACAAAGUUUCGCCUUGUCAUUCUCUAUAAAGUGAUAUUUCUUAUAAAUUGAUUUAACGAAUUUAAACAUUUCAUUGAGUUUAAUUUUCGAAGGCCGAUACAUAUGCCCUAGUCGAAGGGUUCAUCGAACAUUCUAUUUCAUUCGUAAUUACCAAUACAAUGUAAUUGUUCUGAAUCUCAUACCGUAAUUACAUUAAUGAUACCGUAUAAAACAUCUCUGUAACUAUAAUUACGUACUAAUAAUAGGAAUAUAUUCAUUCUAUUCUUAUAUUAUGAACAUAUUCGCAGUAUUUCUAUAAUCGCCCUUAGUCCUAAGUAUAUACUUGAUACGGGCUUGCGUAAUUUUUACAUCUAUAAAAAUCUAAUGACAAUGUGCCAACCGUUAAAUGGUUGUAUCGACAAUGGACGAAAGGAUUCAAUGUGUAUCCCCGUGAAUGUACAUCUCGUUGUACGGUGUGUUCCUUCGGUUACUACGAUAGUUCAACGUAAGUGUCAAAUCGUAUUUUUCUUAGAAUCUCGUCAGUUUUUCGCCUUACUAAUUUAGUACACUUGCUGUAAUCUGAUUGUAAUCGUAAGAAUAAUUGGCAUAAAUACAAAUUGUACGCAUGUGUUCUUUGUCUGUAAAUGUGUUGCGCGAGCUUGUAUGAAAUACGUAUAUUGGAGAUACAUGUAGGCGUAUCCACAAAUACUGUGUAAAUACGAUACCUUCACGAAGAACCAUAUCUGUAAUGUUUCACGUAUUAAAUCUAUCUUAAUUGUAUCGAAAGUAAAUGAACAAGAAAGUGACGAAUUACAUUUGUAUUUUUUAUCGACGUAGCAACAAUUCAGCUUGUUUCGCAAACGAUCAGAUCGUCCUUUAAAAGUCUACGAUUCGAAUGGGAAUAGUUUUGCUAUAGAAACUGAAAGUUAGACGCAACUUGUGUUUUACAUCGAGUAAAAUCGAUAGAGAAAAAUCGUGUCCUAUCGAAAACGUAUUUAAAUGGUUUUCAGUGUACUUUAGAGUAUCAUUGUCGUUAUACCUACACGUAUCUUAUACCGCAUUUUCUUAUGUAGCAGAGAUUGGAAUUAACACUAAAACUACCGGUUUCAACGCAUUCCUACUCUACGUAUAACUAUAUCUUUGUAAUUAGAGGGGGAGGAGCAAACUAAUUUAUCAACAACGUUAAAUAUGUAUUACGAUUAUUAGAAGAAGAAAUAAUUGAAAAGAAUUGUUAACGCUAGAUUUACGGAGAUUUCUAUUCCUGAAGUAACACUUGAAUAAGUGAAGUCGAUUUACUAAAAUUGAUUAACAAGGCUUAGACAAAAAUGAAUUUAGAUAUAUGUUUGUCUCUUUGUAUUCGGAUAAGAGUCAGUAUAUGUGGUUGGCGAAAAGUUUAAACAGUUUCUGUAAAAUCGUGUAAAAAUAGGAAUGAGUCGAAAUGAACGGUGCUUCGUAAACAUAGUGUUAACGAUUGAGUGUCUUUCGAAAGAAAUUUCAAGUACUUGGCUCGAACUGAUCGGCUUGGUAGUUUUAGUGUUGAAAUACUGAAUGUGUAAUAAGUGAUUAACCGGAUAUUCUAAGUGCAAAAUUGGACAUAUGUGUACGAACGAGCAGUCAUGCAUAAUCUAUACGUGACACUUCUGUGUUCCUUGUCGUUAGUGCCUCUCGAUAGAGGAACUCAUUGUAUAUUUUUUUACGCGUUUUAAUGGUGUACAUUUACCUUAAGUGCAAUAUUGUAAUAUAUAUUUUGUAAAGAAUCGAAACCCAGUAUUUAUUUUGUGAAACGUGCAACAUCGGCGACGAUGUGAAACUAUAGCUAGCGGUACCAAUGUCGCGAGGAAACUGUCGGAAAAUUUUUUACACGAAUGUCUCACGCGUUGCGAAUAUUCGUGCGGGCACUUAGGCUAUCGAUAAUGGUUAAAUCUCAAGUAUUCGUUUCAACAAAUCAUGAAUAAUUUUACGUGAAGUUUACAUACUCAUAUCUCUUCGAAUAUAUCUAGUGUUUGUAACAGAUCCCGCGGUUAUCGCGAGAAAUAUUUUGUAUAUAAGGACGUGCUUGCUUCAAGAUUUGAGGAUGGAAUGUAAAACUCAAUACUACCUACUGCAAUGAUGUGUAACAACAAUUUUUUAUCAUGUAAUGGACGUCAAUGAAAUUAUAUAAACGUGUAAGCGUG